AUGGAAAUCCGCACAGAGGCAUAUCCCAGGACUCCAAGAAAAGGGCAGAGUGUCUGUGGUCUGAGUGCAGUCAUUAAGAGAGUCUCUGAUUCUGUGCUGAAGCAGCUGCUGGAUAAACUCCUUCAGCACGGUGCUAUGAUUAAUGAGGAGAUGCAGACAGCAAAGACGAAGCCCAGAGCAGAGAAAGCUCCAGAUGUGAUUGAUACUGUGAUGAGGAAGGGACAUGAAAGCAGCAAAACUCUGAUAGAGGCUGUCAGGGAGGUCGACCCCUGCCUUUCCAGAGAGCUGAAGCUGUGA